UUUUUAAAUUUUCUCGUUGGAGUUUUGCCUGGAAAAGCCAAACACCUUCGAGGAAAUUGAAAAUUUUAUUUUGAUAGGGUAGGAAAAAAAAGGCGAAUUUUCUCCGGAAAAUAAAUGGGAAGAGCGUUUGUAUAUGUAAUUCUUGGAGGAGGUGUAGCAGCUGGCUAUGCAGCUCUUGAAUUCACGAGAAGAGGGGUCUCUCCUGGCGAACUUUGCAUUAUUUCUGAAGAACCUGUUGCCCCAUAUGAGAGGCCUGCUUUAAGCAAAGGCUUUUUACUUCCCGAAUCUCCGGCACGCCUUCCAUCAUUUCACACCUGUGUUGGUGCUAACGAGGAAAGAUUAACUCCAAAAUGGUACAAGGAACAUGGGGUUGAAUUAGUCCUUGGAACUCGAGUUAAGUCUGUUGAUGUGAGACGUAAGAAGCUAUUGACAGCAACUGGGGAGACUAUAAGUUACAAGAUCCUUCUCAUUGCCACAGGAGCUCGGGCUUUGAAGCUUGAAGAAUUUGGACUGAAUGGAUCGGAAGCUGAAAAUGUAUGCUAUUUACGAGAUUUAGCCGAUGCAAAUGGUCUUGUUAAUGCGAUGCAAUCUUGUGCUGGUGGAAAUGCUGUAGUAAUUGGUGGUGGGUACAUUGGAAUGGAGUGUGCGGCAUCUUUGGCGAUCAAUAAAAUCAACGUAACCAUGGUUUUUCCCGAAGUACAUUGUAUGGCUCGCUUGUUUACACCAAGGAUUGCAAGCUAUUAUGAGGAAUAUUAUCAAUCUAAAGGAAUUAAGUUCGUUAAAGGAACUGUGUUAUCGUCGUUCGAAUUUGAUUCCAAUGGGAAGGUUACCGCUGUUAAUCUUAGAGAUGGAAAUCAACUACCUGCAGACUUGGUCGUGGUGGGAAUCGGAAUACGCCCAAACACAAGCCUUUUUGAAGGCCAACUAACACUUGAAAAAGGUGGGAUCAAGGUGAAUGGGAAGUUGCAAACGAGCAUGGAUUCGGUUUAUGCAGUUGGAGAUGUUGCAGCAUUUCCAGUCAAACUAUGCGGUGAAACUCGCAGACUCGAGCACGUGGAUUCAGCCCGAAAAUCUGCUAAACAUGCUGUUGCUGCAAUCAUGGAACCUGAGAAAUCAGGCGAGUUUGACUACCUGCCAUUCUUCUACUCCAGAGUCUUUGGAUUGUCUUGGCAGUUCUACGGGGACAACGUAGGGGAGGCAGUCCAUUUUGGGGAUUUCUCGGGUACUACCUUCGGAGCUUACUGGAUAAACAAGGGUCAUCUUGUUGGGUCUUUCCUUGAAGGGGGAACCAAAGAGGAGUAUGAAGCCAUAGCCACUGCCACAAAGCUCAAACCGCCGGUUGAGGAUCUGACUGAGUUGGAACAGCAGGGACUAAACUUCGCACUCACAGUUAGCAAGAAACCACAGCCGGCACUGCCCAUUGAAGUCAGCCAUUCUAUUUCCGGCCUUAUCAUCCUGGAAAAGCCCGCCUACGCUUGGCAUGCAACCGUCGGAGUUGUUCUGGCAGCAUCAAUAGCUGGAUUUGCGUAUUGGUAUGGGACGAGACGUAAAAGGUGGUGAGAAAUCAUCUUGUAACACCAUUGUAGUAGUACUGAUACAAUAAAUCUGUUGAAGUACUCUAUAUGUGCACGAUAUGAACUCAUACGUUGUCGAUAGCCCAAAAUUAUUACUCAAUACAACAUCAUAUUUUUUCCUCGAAA